AAGCUUUUUAAUACAGAUACUAAUUUGUUAAUUUGUUAAACAUGGAUCAUGAAGAUGAAGAACUCAAACAAAGGAUGCGAAAUCAACUCAUGCAAAGUCAGAGUGGUUCAUUUUAUCCAUCUAAUAGUCCUAUGCCAGUCAUCUCCUCUAUUAAUGCCUAUUAUCCAUCUAAUCCGUCAAUUGCACCAAAUACUCCUAUGAUUGGGCCUCCAAUGACUCCAUUAACACCCAUGGUUGCUCCAAUGACACCAAUGUCUGCAGAAGCUUCUGGUAUUAUUCCACAACUACAGAAUAUUGUUUCAACAGUUAAUCUCAGUUGCAAGCUUGAUUUAAAAAAGAUAGCAUUGCAUGCAAGAAAUGCUGAGUAUAAUCCAAAGCGAUUUGCAGCAGUUAUUAUGAGAAUUCGUGAACCUAGGACAACUGCUCUUAUAUUUAGUUCUGGGAAAAUGGUAUGUACUGGAGCAAAAAGUGAAGAGCAAUCAAGACUUGCUGCAAGAAAAUAUGCUAGAGUUAUUCAAAAGCUUGGGUUUCCUGCUAAAUUUGUGGACUUUAAAAUUCAAAAUAUUGUGGGAAGUUGUGAUGUUAAAUUUCCAAUUCGAUUGGAAGGAUUGGUGUUGGCUCAUAGUCAGUUUUGCAGUUAUGAACCAGAAUUAUUUCCUGGUUUGAUAUAUCGCAUGGUAAAGCCUCGUAUUGUGCUACUAAUUUUUGUUUCUGGAAAAGUUGUACUUACUGGAGCCAAAGUACGCUCAGAAAUAUAUGAAGCAUUUGAAAGCAUCUAUCCAAUUCUACGAGGUUUCAGAAAAACUUAGUAAAAGCUUUUGAUGUGAGAGCUUUAUCAAGCUUUUGCAUAUUUUUUUAUAAAAGACUUUUUGUAGCGAUUGCAUUCUUAACAUUUUACAAGUUUGCUGCUUCAUGUUGAAGUCUUUAAAGUAUAUUAUGACUUUAAAUUCUUUUAUAAAAUUGUAGACAUUGAUGAAAAUCAAAUAAAUAUGAUCUAUAAUAAA